CUGUUUUGAAAUUUGUGCUGCGAAAGUAAUUUUGCUUGAUCUCGCAAUAUGAAAAUUUUUACCAGUUAUAAAUAUAGUUCAAAUUUUGCGUAAGUUUGAAUCCUAUUGAAUUAGUAAUUCAUUGGGAUGAAAUUUUUGAUAUCUGAUUCUUGAUGAUUGCUGAUAUCUUAUGGCGAAAAGUUUGUUCAGAGUCAAUAAUUAAAAUGGAUGAAGAAAAUGCUAAUGAAGCUCUAUAUUUGUAUAAUGCUGUGAUUGAAUAUAUUUAUUUUUUGGUUGCACUUAUUGAAGCAGAAGGGCCAAAAAGUGUGGUCAAUGUUGGAAAACAUUUGCAGUUUUUUAACCAUGAUAUUUAUGGCAUUGUUAAUAUGUUUAGUGGUGAAGACUUGGCUGAAAAAAUUGGUACCAUGUUAUUUACUACAACACCAAUAUUUAAUGUCAAGGAAGGGGUUUUAAACCUGUCACUUAAUGGUGAAUGUUUUAAACGAGCUAUAUAUAAAGAUCUUUUGAUAAGUAAAAUAGUUGACUCAGUGUUGAGAGGGAUAUGCUGUAUUAAAGAUAUAUGUCAUAACCUCAACUUGAACAACAUUAUAAGGAUUGAAGAGAAAGAUUUAACUGUAAUAUUGAAAAAAUAUCCUUACUUUCAUCUUGAUUCAAAUAAUUCAGUCAUUAUCCGUCAAUUUCAUGGACUUUUAGGAUUUGAAGAUCAUGCAUACAAAACAGUUGUUCAGUACUUUCAAAGCUAUCUGCAAAAUAUAAAUGAACUGACGUAUAAUGAAGUAAUAUUCCAUGAAAAAUUUAUUCCUUCCUGUGCAAUUUCAAAUCCACUAUUUUUAUUUUGUGUUCUUCAUGUUUGUUCAAUUUUUAAAUGCGAGAAAAAUAAAGUUAAACUUCGGAAAAAAUUCCGAAAAAAGUAUGGUAAUCAAAUAAUAGAUAUCGAAGAAUUGAAUGGAAAUCUAUCAAGAUCAGUUCCAAUUGGUUUACUUGUGUCAAGAGCUCUUGGCAGAACAUUAUACAGCUGGACUGGUGAAAUAUCUGAACUAACAAAAUCCAAUGGUUUGAUUCAAUGUGUUGUUACUUUUUCUAAUGAAUUCCAAGGUAUCUUUAUUAUCUACAUAUACAAAACAGCUUUAAAACAUAUCUGUGAGACUGAAGAUUUAAAUGAUUACCUUAGUAUCCGUGACAUAGUUGAAUUUGAUGCUAUAUAUUGUGAUGAAGCAGUUGACCAGUAUAUAUUUUGGCAAGCUACACGUAUCAAAGUCAUUAAACAAUCAUUGAAGAAAAAUAAAUUUAAUUUGAAUGUUGACAUUAAAGCAUACAUGGAAAAAGUAAAACUAAGAGACAAUUCAUUUAAUACAACUUCAAGGACUUGCAAUUUAAGAAACUGUAAUGCUGAUUUCUUGGUUCUUGAAAAAAAUUUGAGUACAAAAUCCCAAAUUAAAGACAAUUCCAGCCCUUUUUCAGAUUUAGAUACCAAAUUAUCAUCAAAAAUGAAGAAUACUAUCUCUAAGAAGUCUGAUAAUUUGUCCCAAGAUGUAUUUGAAAAUUCGUUGAACAAAACAGUUACACUUGUAUCUCACUCCAUGCCAUUAAAAGAUAGCAAGGAAGGAAAUCUGUGUGAUUUUAAAAAUGUGGAUGACGUUAACCUGUUUACUCCGAGGAAAGAUCAUAAUGAAAACAAUGCUCUUAUUUUACAUCCAUGGUACUUUCAUUCCUCUUUUGUGUUUGGUAAAGUAAGUGUAGCAUCGGAAAAUGAUGGAAUAGCUAUCACAAUAAAUACAUUUAAACAAAAUGAAGUAUUUUUUAAAUCUGAGGUAAUUUUUUCUGAAAAUACAAAAAUAACUCCAAUCAAAGAUAGUAUAGUACUACUCUACAUCCCAUAUGUUGAAUCAGAAGAUUCUGUUUGUGUUGCAACAUUGGUAUAUCCACUCAAUCCUGAAGAAACUGUUCUGUUUAAAGAAAAUAUUACUAUUGAAAAUUUUGUUAUGAACAAUUUUUCUCCUAUUGUGCAAAAACAUCUUGGUGCUAUUUAUUCUUGUUUCUGUGGUUUUACACAUACUUUAAUGCAAAAAUUGUUAAUAUCACAAAAAUUUGAAAUAAAAAGGAAAAAAAUAGCUAAAACCUUUGACUUCGUAAAAAGCUUACGAGAAGCUUUCUGUUUCUCUGAAAAAACUUUAACACUAUUUUAUAUGUUGAUAAAUGAAUUAUUUACUCUAAAUUUGGGUUUCAGUUAUACAAAAAUCUGUUCUGGUCUAGCCUUUAUAUUUGUGCAAGCAUUUUCAUUUACUGUUUGUUCAAAGAAAUUAACAAUUCUAAGCAAAGGAAAGAAAACCUUCAAUUACCAUAAUCAUAGAAGAAACCAUAGCAGUUCACAUUUUUUAUCUCAUAUAAAGGCAACUUGCUCUGAAAUAUCAGAGGCUGCAGUUGUCUCAUUAAAAGAAAAAAUGAAUUUAUUCUCGCAUGAAAAAUUUGAUAUCAAGGAAGAAAUUUUAGUUGAAAGGAAUGAUUCAUGUCUUUUAGAAAAAGAAAGUGAUAUCAAAUUAGAUACUGCAUUAUUACUAGCCAAACCUUUUGUUAAAGAAGGUAAUGAAAGUUCUAUUAGCAUAAAUUCAUAUAAAUCUUGUAAUUCAAAAAGUUCAGAGGAAGUUUAUUAUUCUUGUGAAUCUUUACCUGAUAAAUUUGAUGCAUAUUCUGAAAAAUCUCUGCUAAUUCAUUCAAAUAGCACACAUCUCUUCAAAGAUGAUGACUGUAACAAUACUAUUAUUUGCAAUGAAAUUAAUUCACCAUCAUUAGCUGGGAAAAAUUCUGAUCCAUUAAAUGAAGAAAAGGAUAUUGAUGGAAUGACAGUGAGCAACUUAAGCAAAAAAUACACUGAAAAAUUUGAGCUUGCUGAUAAGUCAGAUUUUAAGGUGAGGCAUUCUUCAAUAUUUAAAGCCAAAAAUAAAAGGAUUAAUCAUAGGAUUAUUUUAUCAUCCUCUAGCCAUCAUUGUCAAGAAUGUUGGAAACCAAAGACUGAAACCACUGCUCAUAUAUCAACCAUAACAAAGUCUUAUUUAUAUUUUUGUGUUAAUUUGAAUCAGCAAGUUGCUACCCUUGGAUUUCCCAAGCAUCUUGUUUCAGAAAAAAUACUAAACAAAUUAUCCUCGUCAUCUGCUAUUAAAAUUGGGAUAAUACCUAAUAUUUUGAUACAUUUUUCUGAUGUUUUGUAUAUCAAUCUAUGCUAAAAUUUAUAUUUUAGAAAAAAAAAUGAUAUUUUUUCAUUAACUCAAUGAUUAUGUACACUAAACAUAAAACGCUGAUAUGAAAUACAAUCUUUACUGGAACAAUAAUAUUCAAAAUUUGUGCAGUUAUAAUAAGGAAACUCUAUUACUCUUAUUAUAUAUCUUGUUUCUGAAGAGAUAUAUCUACUGGUAAAACUGGUAUAGCAUCUAAUAUGCUUUUACAUUUUUCUAACGUUUUGUGUAACGGAAACUACCUAUACUAACGUUGAUAUUUUGAGAGACUAAUUUUAAUACUUUCCUGUGAGCUCAGUAGUGAUAUACACUAAGCAUAAGAGAUGGUACAAAAUAUUGUUUCGCUGCUAUUAUAGUCAUUGUCAAAAUGUGUGCAGUGCACCAAAUGCAGCAAACUGUUUCUCAGUAUGAUGAAUUUUUUUAACAAUUUUACAACUUAGUUACUGGUGAAUUAACAGAAUUGUACUCCAAUUUUAUAUUGUAUUAAAUUAACAAUCAGAAAACUAAUACUGAUUGAAUAAAUAUUAUUUUAAGUCUAAGUACUGUUUUUAAAGCAGUUUGUUGGAUUUUAAUGUGAAUUAAUAAUAUAAACACUGAAUCUUCUAAAAAGUGAUAUUUUUUUAUGGUGCUCAAGAUGUAGUGUUUUAUUGCUGAUAAAAAAUAUAUGUGAAAGUUUGUAAUUUUUUUAAAUGUGCUUUAUUAAUGAAGCAAUAUUAAUGAAAGAUUAUAUUUUCCCUUUAUGUAAAUACAGCAUAUUUCAUAAUUCAUAUUUAAAUUGUUUUUUAAUCAGUCUUUUUCCAGUUUUGAGAAAUGUUCAGUUUUCUUAAUAUUGAUUUAAAUUUAUUGUUGUUUUUUUAAAAAAAAAACUGGUCUUUGAAAGACUUUAAUUAUUGAAAAAUUCUAUCUGCAAUUUAUUGAUGUAGUAAUACUUAUGACUGAUUUUAUUUUCCCAUUUGAUGUAUACAGUGUGUUUUAUUAUUCAUAUUCAAGUUAUUAAUUGAAAUAUGCUUUAUUAAUAAGAGAAGUUUUCCUAGUUUAGAGGAUUGUGUAAUUUUCUUUAUAUUAAUUUAAAUGUUUAAAACAAUUGGGCCAAUGUAAAGGGAAUGGUGAUUAUAUUAAUUUUUGUUUAAUUAAGAAUUUUUAAACAUCUGGAAAAGAUAAUCAGAAAAUUUAAAUUUUCAUUAGAGAAAAGUAUUAGUUUUUCAUUUUUAUAUAAAUGUUAAUAUUUUAAGGAAACAAUUAUAUAUAUGCUUCUAUUUAUUAAAAAAAAAACUGCAUGCAUGAUUAAAAUAUGGAUGUACAGAAGUUUUUAUAAUUUUGUCUAGUCAUAAAUCUUUUGUAACAUGGUUUUAUCUCUAUCAUGAUAUUACAUUGCAAGAAAAUUUUAUAUUUGUAUUAUUAGCUGGUCU